UGUUCCUGUCCCCUGCCAGAGGUCUAAAAUCGCUGUGUUUGAGAAGAUGUGGACAUACAUGAAGUCAGCGGAACCAUCAGUUUUUGUGCGGACCACAGAGGAGGGGAUGAUUCGAGUGAGAAAAUCCAAAGGCAAAUAUGCCUACCUUCUGGAGUCCACCAUGAAUGAGUACAUUGAGCAGCGGAAACCCUGUGACACCAUGAAGGUGGGAGGUAACUUGGACUCCAAAGGCUAUGGCAUUGCAACACCCAAGGGGUCCGCCCUGAGAAAUCCAGUAAACCUGGCAGUGUUAAAACUGAACGAGCAGGGGCUUUUGGACAAAUUGAAAAACAAAUGGUGGUACGACAAGGGCGAGUGCGGCAGCGGGGGAGGUGAUUCCAAGGACAAGACAAGCGCUCUGAGCCUCAGCAAUGUGGCGGGCGUGUUCUACAUCCUGAUCGGAGGACUGGGCCUAGCCAUGCUGGUUGCCUUAAUCGAGUUCUGCUACAAAUCCCGUAGUGAAUCCAAGCGGAUGAAGGGUUUCUGUUUGAUCCCACAGCAAUCCAUCAACGAAGCCAUACGGACAUCGACACUCCCCCGGAACAGUGGGGCAGGAGCCAGCGGUGGCGGUAGUGGAGAGAAUGGCCGAGUGGUCAGCCACGACUUCCCCAAGUCCAUGCAAUCUAUUCCCUGCAUGAGCCACAGUUCAGGGAUGCCCUUGGGAGCCACAGGAUUAUAACUGGAGCAGUGGAACAGAUGGAGACCCCUUGGGGAGCAGGCUCAGGCUCCCCCAGCCCCAUCCCAAACCCUUCAGUGCCAAAAACAACAACAAAAUGAAACGCAACCACCACCAACCGCCAUGACCACAAGGAGGAUGACUCAACAGAUUUUCCUGAAGAAUUGAAAAACCAUUUUGCUAUCCCUUUUCCUUUUUUAAUGUUCUUUCACCCUUUUUCGUUUGCUAAGUGAGGAUGAUAACACUGUACUGCAAUAAGGGGAGAAUAACCCUGUCUAACAGAGCUUGUGUCUCUGAAAAUGGAGUCACUGGAACACUAAUGAGGAAACUGUACUAUUUUCUUUUGAUUUGGUUGUUAAUGUGUCCAAAUGUGUGCAAUAUUUUUUUUCUUACUAAUAUCCAUGGUUUGCAGGUUCUGUUAGGCCCCUUCCCUCUCCUUACUUCUAAUUCUCAACUCCCUACCCAUCCCUCUUCAGUUUCCAAAUUGGAGAUUCAAGAUUCAUUCCACCUUACAAGCAAGCAAAAGGAAAAAAAGCAACCUUCAAAGUAAUUCUCCACGGGAGCUCUCCAAGUUACCCUCCACUCCUCAGCCCCAAGCCAUGGAUGGAGAUGGAUGUUGUUGGAGGAGUGAGCUGCCUUCCCCAGAUGGGGCACUGCCUAAACACUGGUUUAGCUGGGAAUGGAUGUAAAAAGCAACUCAGACUGAGGGUGGCAGAGAGGGCAAAGGCAGAUGUGCAGUCAAAGGAGGACCCAUGAAGUUAUUGCUGGAGGCUUAGAUAAAGCUUCCUUUAACGUGUAAGAGCCAUCCCAAAGGCCUGAGGCGGAAUGGUGUAUUUCUUCACAGAGUCAGCCUCAUCCCUGAGAAGUAUGUCCUUCUGACUAUGCUCAAGCCCAAAGGCACUCUGGUGGCUAAAGGGCAACAGGUCUCCUAAACCGAGUAGGGCCUUGGGAACAGCUGACAGCUAGGGAGAUACGGCUCAUGAUUCUCAUUUUUCAUUUGCUUAACAUCUGAGCAGGAACCCCAUUGUGGAGUAGACUUUCUCUUUGGAGCCUCUCAUAUGGGGGAAAAUGGUAUGCAAGCUAAGUGUGAAAGAAAGGUGAUGGAAGAAUUUUGGAAGAGGAAGACUCAUCGAAGCCCACAAGCAAUAGAUCCUUCUAUGGUGUGCCCUGUCCUAAGUUUGAGAGACCAAAUAUGAAGCUUAGGGUUUUGCUGACCUGCAGAACUUGGGUUUUGUGUCUACAUAAAAAUGUUGUUCUAGCAUGUGGCCAGAUAGCAUUCUGUCGUCUAGAAAGUAUAAUGCCCAAGGCCGUAUUAUUUGAAGAAGUAAGGGAGAUGGAUUAAGUUGAUAAUGACAUUGGGGGACCUUAAGAUCACUGACCCCGACUUCUAACCCAAGAAGGCUGGCCUUCCCCCUGGCUAAAACAGAAUGGGGAUGUUGUAUUCCAGUGACCAGAAUCAAUAAGCCCAUGAUUCUGACUAUCAAUCUGAACUAAAGCAAGACUGGAGAAGUGGCAGGGUUCAUGGAGAGAAGGCCAGGUUGACUGCAACUUUGGUUAGGAGGGGGAGUUCCUGGCACAUAGCUUACUUGGAGAUCCCAACUCUCAUUCUUGGUGCAAUUGGCUUCCAGCUCUCCAGCAGCCACUCUCCUAGGUGCAUGAUUCAGUGUGUGCCAUGUGUCAUUAGCUUUUAUUGAUAACCAUAUUCUAGCUUGUUUCCUUACCCCCUACUUCUAUCCAGUCUUCUCUGCUAGGGGUUAUCAUUAGCAAUUGACAAACUAAAGGUUUUGGAAUCUAACUAUGAGUAGGUGCAGCACGAUUGGCUUCAUUUAUGGAUUCUCUCAGCGGACUCCCACCAUCUCUAUGUCUCUCUCAUUCUCCUUUUAUCAGCCAUAGCAAAGAACCAUCCCUGAAUCAGACUCUUCGCCCUUUUAACUCAAGUGUUAUUGUUCAGUCUCUCACAUGUCAAUGUGGACAUGGUACAUGAAGCAGGAUCCUCAAGAUGGAUUUUCAGUUUCCACUACUGCCAGCUGAUGUCCUUACCAGCCCCUGCCCUCACGCCAGAUUUUUCUUAGCUCUUAGCCUACCCCUGCAGAAUCCGAUAUGACCCGCCAUUAGGGAGUCUGCAUUUCGGAGGAGGUGGAAAUAACCCUCUACCAUUGACAUGCUUCAAAGACCUUUUGCCUUUAGCCUGGUAAGAGGACUCUCCAGCCACUGAGUGCACCCGUAACAUGAUCUGAUAGGGAGAGACCAUCUAUGCUAGAAAUGAGGGUCUAUGCUAUGUGGGGGUCCAAGACUCCAGUGGAAGAUGCUUUCCAUCAACGGAGGAAUGACGGGGAAAACAAAAGCAAGAAAAAAAGUUAACUUGUAUUAUGUAUUUUUACUACACUUUUCUUAAAAAUAGAGCAAUGGGAAAACUCUGAAAGAGAUUGACAUUUUUCUCAACGGGAAUCCAUACUUAACAGUUCUGGCUUUCAUUAAAUUUUGCUCUUUGGUACCUGGGCUUUUUAUUUAACAUCUACAUUUGUUUGAACUCUCUUAGCAUAUGUGUGAAAGGAUUUUUGCUUGAUCGAACACUAAAUAUUUUUUUGGUUCCUGUUUUCCUUUCAAGUAGCCAGGUUUUUUUUUUUCUUUUUGCAUUUGCAUAAAAUGAAAAUAUCACCGAGAAUUAAAUCACUGUGGAUCCAUUAUCUACUUUU